AUGGAUGAAAAGGUUACUUCGCCAGUGACCUCGAGCCACGGCUCGUCCCUGGACGACCCUCUGGCCAAGACCGACCAGCUCAAGCGCAUCUACCGGAAGAUUGACAUGAGGCUCGUGCCGCUCAUGUUCUUCUGCUACUUCCUGCAGUUCCUCGACAAGGUCAUCGUCAACUACGCCAACAUCAUGGGCAUCGCCAAGAACCUCCACUUUGUCGGCAACGACUUCUCCUGGAUGGCCACGGCCUUCUUCAUCGGCUACGCCGUCGCUGAGUUUCCCCAGGGCUACCUGAUCCAAAAGUUCCCCGUGUCCAAGGUGCUCGGAUUCAACGUGCUGCUCUGGGGAAUCGUCGUGUGCUGCACGGCUGCGACGCAGAACUUUGCUGGUGCCGCUGCCGUGAGGACGCUGCUGGGCAUGUUUGAGGCUGUCAUUACACCCUCCCUCAUCAUGAUCACGUCUCAGUGGUACAACAAGAAGCAGGCUACUCUGCGUACUGGUAUCUGGUACUGCGGUCUGGGUGCCGGACAGGUCAUGGGAGGAUUGAUUUCGUGGGCGGCUCAGCACGGCUCGACGACUUCGUCUUUCCAGAGCUGGCGCAUCAUGUUUGUCUCCGUCGGUGCCUUCAACCUGUGCGUUGCCCUGGCUGUCAUCUUCUUCAUGCCCAGCGGUAUCAGUGAUGCGAACUUCCUGACCGAGGACGAGAAGGCCCUGAUCGAGGAGGCCUUGGCCCGCGACCAGGCUGGUACUGGCAAGAAGGUUUUCAAAAUGUCUGGUAUCUUGGACGCCCUCAAGGAUCUCCAGGUGUGGCUGCUGUUUGUCAACACCAUCCUGAUUGUCAUCCCCUCCGGUAUCAUCACCACCUUCUCGGCCACCAUCAUCAACUCCAUCUUCCUCACCCCCAAGAAGUCGGCUCUGCUCAACAUGCCCGCCGGUGCCAUCUCCAUCUUUGCGACUCUGGCCGGAACAUACGUGAUCUACUACAACCUGCCUCGCUGGCUGAGCAUCAUUGGACUCCUGAUCCCCACCAUCAUUGGCGCUGGAUUGAUGUCCUUUGCAAAGUCCAACGCCGGUGCCCUCGCCGGUGUCUACCUCAUCAACUUCGACGUGGCCCCCCUGGCCCUCAUCUACGCUCUGGUCGGUGCCAACACGCAGGGAUACACGAAAAAGGUUACCGUCAACGUUAUCAUCGCCAUUGCCUUCUCCAUCGCCAACAUCAUCGGCCCGCAGACCUUCCAGGACAAGGAUAAGCCCAAGUACCUGCCCGCGAAGAUCACCGUUCUCGGCGUCGCUGGUGGAUCCAUCCUGGUUACCAUUCUGCUGAGAGUCCUCUACGGCGUUCGCAAUGCUAAGACGGCUGCGCCGCCGGCGCUGGUCGUCGUCACCGGCGCCAACGGCUUCAUUGCGCAACAUUGUGUUGCUGCCCUUCUCGAAGAGGGCUAUCAUGUUGUCGGCACCGUCAGGAGCGCGGCCAAGGUCGAUGCAGUAAAGAAUUCACACCAGAGACAUCCCAGGCUGGACGUCGUCGUCAUCGAGGAUAUCACAAACGCACAAAGCUAUCUCAACAUUCUUGGGCCCCUAUCACCGGUAGCGGUCCUUCACCUUGCUGCGCCCUUUCACUACAAUGCAACAAACUUUGAACGAGACAUGAUGAUCCCCGCGGUGCAAGGAUCAACGGCUAUCCUGGAGGCUGCGGCUCAGAUCAAGAGUAUCCGGAGAAUCAUUCACACAAACAGCUUCGCCUCGAUAUACGACGCCGCGGCCGGUCCAAGCCCCGGAAAGACUUACACAGCUCAGGAUUGGAGUCCAUUGACGUACGAAGACGGAGUACAGGCAGACAACGCGCCUGCGGCAUAUCGCGCGAGCAAGACGGCAGCGGAGAAGGCCGCCUGGAAGUUUAUGGAAAGUAGGCCGCUCGGGUUUGAUCUUGUCAGUCUGUGUCCCGGUAUGGUCUUUGGCCCAUUCUUGCCAGAGGCAAAGCCCAAGUCUAUUGCCGGCGUCAACACGAGCAACCUGCUGGUUUGGGCCGCGGUGUCUGCUGGCCGUGACAACACCCUGCCGCCGACAAGAGGUCCCGUCUGGGUCGAUGUCCGCGACGUUGCUGAUGCUCACGUCAAAGCCCUCCGAGUUGUCGAGGCCGGCGGCGGUCGCUAUCUCCUCGCCAGCGGCAUCUACUGCAACCAGGAGCUGGCAGACGUGAGCCGGCGAUUGUUCCCCAAGUACGGCGACAGAAUCCCGAUCGGCGAACCCGGAAAGCGGGAGUCGCACACGCACUUUGGCGUCAGCACGGCCGAGACGGAUAAAGUUCUGGGAGUCAAGUGGCGAAACCUGGAGCAGAGCUUGGGGGAACUUUUACCACAGCUAUUUGAGGUUGAGCGGGGUCAGGCUGCCUAA